UCUAUGAAUGAGUUUCUCGUCCUUCGUCUACUUCCCCAUUCAGUUCAGCUCUUAACAAUGCAAAGUCCCGCCAUUGUUAGUACUUUAAAAGCUUCUGAAACAACUGAGACGCCAUGCCUUUAUAACCUUAUUGCUUGUUCUUCUCAUUCUUCAACCAUAGCUCCCACCCAGUUUUACAGGCUAAGCUAUCCACCCUUUUACACUGAAUUCUCCGAUUCCGGAAAUGGAAUCGGAACAUAUCCGGAAACACAGCCUGUUCUUGAUGGGAUAGCUGCUGUGGUUGGCCAACACGUCCUCUUCGGUACUAAAACCAACCCCACCACCUCAAACAGCCAAGGCGACGGUGAUAGAGCGAGCACGGAAGAGACGUCGAGUUUCGUUUCGGCGUCGCAUCGCUUCGGUUCUAACAAGAGAAAUGUCAAUGCCGCUGCUGCUUCGAUGCAAAAAAGCUAUAGAGGUGUGAGAAAGAGGCCAUGGGGGAGGUGGUCAGCGGAAAUACGCGACCGUAUCGGGCGGUGCAGGCACUGGUUAGGCACGUUUGACACGGCUGAGGAGGCUGCACGUGCGUAUGACACGGCGGCGAGGCGGUUGAGAGGGUCAAAAGCGAAGACCAACUUCGAAAUUCCAUCUACCUUACGCCUCUCCUCACCCUGUAGUACAUCAUCUUCAUCUACGGAAGCAAAGAAGAAGGUGAAAAGCAAAGGUAAUAAAACCCAAAGGAAAUGCGAGGUGGUUACCUCCGUGGCUCAUUUGUUCAGUUCCGGCGGAAAUGAAGGGAAAGGGAGCGAAGAGUUGGAGUUGAAGUUGGGCAUGGGGCUUAAUAACAAACCUGCUAUGCCGUCAAAUGAUGUUGGUUCAGUGAAUCAUUACUAGUUUGCUUGCUGCAUGGGAAGUUGAACUUUUUGUGUUUUGCAUGUAUAUGCACUGAAUCAAAGAAAAAAGGGCUUUCGUUGCCUGUAAAAACUCCAUGUACAUAGAAAGAAACUGACAGUAUUGUAGUAAACUAAUGCUUUCUGCAUGUUUGAAUGCUUUACUUUAGUUAUUGGGUUUGUCAGCAAUGGUGUUGAGGCAGAUACCGUCAUGGUUG